ACCUGUUUCAUAAACCAUACUGAUAAUAUUAGCUAUUAAUAUUAGUCUCAUAAAUUAAUAAUAUUAGUAUGCUUUUUUCUGUUUCAUAAAAAUAUAUAUUAGACUAAUAAAAGUGAAGACUAAUAAUAUUAUUUUACUAGUCAGCUGUUUACAAGUUAGUGAGGUUUUGUCAUAAUUUGCGGUGCGGUUCCAUUAAGUGGCGUUAAAUUUGCAUAAUGUCUAAAAUAAGAAGUAAAAGAUCGGAAAAGCAAGUUAAGCAACAAAACUUUCUCCGAAAAAUUAAAGACAUGAAAGAUAGUCUAUUUGGACAGUUUUCUACCACACUGACCAAGGAAACAAAAAGAUCCGCAUGGAUGGAAGUUAGGGACUAUGCGGUUUCUAUUGGAUUGAUUACAUGCGAGAAAGACUACACCUACGUGCGUGAUGCUACUUGGCCUAAUAUUCGGAACCGAACAAUGAUCAAACUUGAUAACGCAAAAAAAACUGGAUCAGAUGGCGGCCCCAAUUCGAAACUUGAUGACACCGACAAGCUAGUAAUUGAAAUAAUUGGAAAAAACUCUCCAGUUAUAGAAGGAAUCGGGGUCGCGGAUUCAAUGGAGGAAGAGGUUGUAACCCAAACUCUACCGACUAAUACUGAGACAUUACCUGAUGUAACAGAGAUAAAAGAGGAUGUGGGAAAUACAUUUGAAGAUGUCGUAAGCCCACCGCUGAAGUCCCAAAAGUUAACAAGAGGAUGUCUUAAGAGAAAAAUCAUUGUCCAAAAUUCCAAUGAAACAAAAUACCUCGAGGACCUCAAGAGAAAAAAACUUGAACUAGAAGUCCGAAAAUUGGAGUUGGAAGUGUGGGAUAAAGAAAGGUCACUUAAUGUAAGUCACUGUAACCUUACAAGCCAUAUUGAAGAGCAAAAGGACACACAAAAUAUUACUGAAUAUAUUUUAAAUGAAGAAGGUGAUGUAAUCGGUAUUAAUGAAAAACUAUGACUGAUUAAAAAAAAAUUGUUAUCUAUCUAAAUAAAAAAGGUAAAUAAAGAACAAUUUUGCAUUUAAAAAAAUAUAUUGUAGUUUCUUUUAUACGU